CUUUUGGAGUGGCUACGCUGAAUACCAGAACACAGGAUAUGCUUCGCAGUGCUCUCAGUUUCACAGCAGCAGCAGCAGCAGCAGCAGCAGCAACAGCAGCAGCAGCAGCCGUGAGGAGAGGACGACACGCUCUGCAGUCAAGAUGAGUGCUGGGGAUGUGGUCUGCACCGGCUGGCUCAUUAAAUCCCCCCCGGAGAAGAAGCUGAAGAGAUUUGCGUGGAGGAAGCGCUGGUUCGUGCUGCGGAGAGGUCGCAUGAGCGGCAAUCCCGACGUGCUGGAGUACUAUCAGAGCAAGAACUCCAAGAAGCCGAUCCGUGUCAUCGACCUGAAGGAGUGUGAGGUGGAAAUGCUGAACGGGCAGCUGAGGAUACAGAGGGACUUCCACGGGAAGCACCUCUUUGUGGUGAAGACGUCGUUUCGCGCUUUUUACCUGGUGGCCAAAACGGAGGAGGAGAUGAACGGCUGGAUCAGCAGCAUCAGUCAGAUUUGCCAUUUCGGGAGCACGGAGGACGCAGAGAGCUCAGAGGAGGGCUUCCCCAACACCCCAACCUCCCGUCAGCCGUCACCCGACAGCUCCGACCGAGUGUCUGUUUCAAGCCAACUGGAUUCCAGUCAGCCACCCGACUACCUCUUCCUCUCGAAUUGUGAGACAGGGAGUGUAAGCACUAGUAGACUUGACAGCUUUUCAAACUCUGAGAUCUCUCUGGAGCAGAGGUCAUCGGAAGAUGCCGCCAGGGACAUGGUCCCUUCACCUCUUUACACCGAUUCCUCUGCAUCCUCCGUCUCUUAUCCAAGCCCAUGUCCAUCCGUCUUUGCCCAUGGGAGGCUGGCUAACCCUCCCUUCAGCGCCCCGUGCAGCUGCAUGGCUUUACCAUCGUCGUCUUCCUCUCCGCUACUUCACUGUGCCACAAGUGUCUUCCAGUUUGACAAACCUUAUUCUUCUACGUCAUUUGAUGCAACGAGUGAAGGACAGACGCCUCCUCCACUGCCACCCAAGCCCAGUCACUCGUCAGAGCAGCAAAGUGACGUCGGAGCUCACAGGCCGAGGCCGAUGAGCGCGCGGCAAUUCUCCAGCCACGCUUCGCUGUUUCCCCGGAGGACGUCUAUGUCGUGCCUGGACCAUUUCAGGAUAGGAGAUGCUGAUAGUAGACUGGUGAGGAACAGGAGGCAAAGUCUUAAUUUGCCAUCUUUGAAUACCGUACGAAUUCAAAGCUACGAGGAUGAGUCCUACGUUCCCAUGGCUUCCCCUUCUCCCUCCGGUGCCACCAUCGAGUCUGAUGGUUACAUCCCCAUGAGCCCCGGGACUUUCAGUUUCCUCAACACAAACUGCAAAGCUGAGCCCUCCGUGGCUCUCAGUCCUCUGGCGUGUCAACCUGGAGAUUUUGCGCCACCUCCAAUUCACCGGCAUCUCAAGCCUCGCCUGAGGAGAGCUCGACCUCCACCUCUUGACUUGAGAGGCCUCUCUACAAUCACAGAAUGCCCCACUCAUCUUCCAUUGAGCAGAGCAAUGACUGAAUCAUGCUUUUCAGCGAAAUGUUUACCUCCUGAAAGAAGACUCGAGAACAGGGACAACUCUAGAGAUGAGGACACAAACUCCACAGGACUGGAUUCAAUGCAACAGUUCUGUCACACCUUCGAUGGAGCAGUCCAAACCUGGGCGAGAAAAUCAAACCUCGACUAUUUGUCGCUGGAUUUCAAUUCCGCCUCCCCAUCUCCUGUGCAGAAGCAGAAGCCCUUUCUGUCCGAUGACCACAGAGUGGAUUACGUGCAGGUGGAUGAAAAGAAGACGCAGGCGCUGCAAAACACCAAGAUGGAGUGGAAGGACGUACGGCAGUCGAAAACAUAAAUGGAAACUAUAGUAUGUGAUGCGAGAAGGACAAACGCACCAUUGCACCAGCAUGAAGGAUAUCCAUGAAGAGGACCAAAAACUAUUUUAAAAAGCACUUUGAAAAACAAUAAAUAAACAAAAAGCACAAGAGUAGAGGUGGAAACACAAAAUUGCACUGUAAAAACUCAAUUAACUCUCAGUAUAUCUGUACUGUAAAUAAUACCAGAUUGUGCACUGUAUCACACUGAUUUUUUUACUGUAGCAUUAAGAUUUACCAAAUUUUUUAAAAAGGGCACAAUAUUGCUUUGCUUUGUUAAAAAAACAAAUCUGUGAGACUGUAAAUGUGUGUAUAGUAAUUGUGACUGUAAAGAAGCAAAAUAUUUUCAUGUUUUUAUUUUUUUUAUAUAAAUAUAUAUAUAUAUUUCCUCCCCUUUAUGUACCAUGAAGCAAAAUGAUCUAUCUUUAGCUUUUCUCCUGCUCCCAAACGUGAGGCGAACUGUUCCUUCUGUGACCUUCAUAUUGAAGACACUUCUUUUUGUUCAGUGACUCCAACACGUGAGUCACUGACAUUUGUUUCAUGUAUAGUCCCUCAAAAGUCCAUGAGCUUUAAAAUGUUUUAUUUUUGGUCAUAGAGUUUUAGACAGCCUUAUCCAAAUGACUUGAAAUUUAGUUGGAGCAAAGCGUCAGUCUCUGUUUUCAUGAACAAUGUCAAUAAAUGUACAGAAAUUA